AUGCAAAACGGCAGCGUGAAUGGUACAUCACAACAUCAUGAACGCGUGACGCCAGACCGCGAUGCCGCCAUUUGCGAUACGAAUGCGCUCGAAGGCGUUUCGAAACAUGCUCCGCCCGAUCUGACCUCCAAAUCGAACAAUGAUGAGGUUGAAACUGGAGAUACCGAAGGGCCUCCGUCAAAGAAGCGGAAGCUAGUGGACUCUGUAAACUCGCGGCGUUCGACGCCGCGGCCUCCAUCGCCUCCCUGGAAGAAGGUUGGGGUUGAGGGGCCAACUUCGUUUAUCGUGGAUGGCAGGCGCAAAUCAUCCAGAACCAACACUCUGCCUGUCAACUUACAGCCAUCAGCUCUAGGUGGCAAAGUGACAACAAACGGAUCACCCCGGAAUUCUGGCUCAAGAGGGACAGCUGGGAAACGGUAUCAAGCUUCACAUUCACCAGCCUCUCAGUCGGUUAACACUCGGACAAGAUCUCAAAGCUUAGCGGUUUCCAAUCAUCACCUCCCGGGCCCGAGUCCCAAAGUCUCGCGAUUCACCCCCUCGACACCUACGCCCUCUUCUCUGGAUAUCUAUUCGAUCGACAAUGAUGCGACACCCGAUAUGGGAGAUGGACAGGGGCGAGAAGAGGAGCGUUCGCAGAAGCUGCCGAGAUUGCGAUUCAAGGUCAAGAAACCCUCUCUUAGCGUCCAGCACCCUGCCCAUGUUCUAGCUCCUCGAAAAUACACCUCUUUCAGGGAAUGGCUCGAGAGUGAGGAUAGGCUGCAGAAGGAUGAUACAAUAUUUGCUGCCGAAGAAGCUGCAGAAGAAGCUCGGAAAAGGCAACUAAUAUUGGAUGCUGUGAAUCCUGGUGGUCUUCUAAGCCCAGAAGUCUGCUCUGCGUACCUACCUGAACAGCAAGAAGAACCGCCGCAACAAUAUUCCCAUCAGGAUCACCUUGUAGCGCAUGCAAUUUACUUCAAGAAACUUCUUGACCAGGAACAUAAACGGCAUCGAAAUACAGCAAAGCUAUUUGCUCAAUGGUGUGCCGAUGCCUGGAGAAAGCGCCACAAAGACCCCGAGGAUAUUCUGAGAGAACAGCAAGAAGAGAUGCGUGGAAGGCGCAAACAACUCGCCAAAGAUCUCCAAAAGAUGUUCGAUCUUGUACGCGCAGAAGUUGAUAGAAACCGUCUCGCGCGUUGGGAGGAAGAGCGAAAGGUGGAAGAUCAGCAAGCGCUGGACCGCGCGAUCAAGAAAUCAACGAUGUUAUUCGAGAAGAGGCGCAAGGAGAUUCUCGGAGAAACAGAAGAUGAUGACGCUGAAUCUAGCGAGGAGGAUGAUGAUGAUGAUGAAGAUGGAACGGACGAUUCCGACUCACCGAAAGAAGACGAAAGCAACAUGUCUUCAACAGACUCGGAGUCUGAAGAGGAUGAUAAUAUUGAUGACGAUGCAGCCCUCACAGCUGAUCAGUUGCGAAUGAAAUAUGCCAACCUUCCCUCGGCCGCAGAUCAAUCAGAUCGAGCGUCGAUCUUAUCCGGCAAUACUAUGAUUACCCGAGAUAGCGUCGCUCUGGACUCUGAGCGACAUGCCAGCGAUGUUGACGAUUCGGAGCUUGAUACCUCUUCACAUCAGAUCAUGCUAGACGAGGUUGAUCCAAUGCUCCUAGACGACAGUGAAGAGUCCACCGAUAUGGAUGAUGAUAUGGGCGAUAGUGAUGCGGAUGAGGAAGUAGAUGAAGACGACGACGAUGAAUCUGACGUUAGCGAUGAUGGUCCUGGCUUGCUAGGGUUCUUCUCUUCGAAAGAGUUGGUAACGACUGAAUUUGACGGUGACGGUGAUGCCGAUGAUGAUAUGGUGGCUGGUAUUGGUGAUAGGAAGUCUCUGUCAUCGGAUGAGGACGACGAGGAAGAAGAGGAGCCAGAUGAAGUCUCCCUUGUUCCGAAUGGACCUACCACCCAUGGAAUGGCAAAUAUUGAUAUCGAGUCAGCGUCUGCUGAUGAUACAUUUGCUCCUACCCCUACGAAUGAUAUUCAGGUUCUAGAUGUCUCAGAGGAUGAUACCGGUGGUGCCACAGACUUCGCGGAUGAUAUCCCGGCAGCUUCCUAUCGCGAGCCACAUUCUGCAGACAAUGGCCAUACCCUACAUCAAUCACGAAGAAGCAGAGAAUCUAGCGCGGCAUCCCCUGGCACAUUCGCCACCAAACCCUCAGAACCAGAGUCCAUAUCUUCACUUGAACCUUCGGCAGAGAAGCCUGUUGAAAUUAACGAAUCACCUGCUCCUGCUUUGAAGACACAGAUCCCUCAUUUACUUCGUGGCACGUUGCGAGAGUACCAGCACUUCGGCCUGGAUUGGCUUGCUGGAUUGUACACCAAUCAGAUCAAUGGCAUUCUUGCUGAUGAGAUGGGCCUCGGUAAAACCAUUCAGACUAUUGCUCUGCUUGCGCAUUUGGCCGUGGAGCAUGAGGUCUGGGGUCCGCAUUUGGUCGUUGUUCCCACCAGUGUCAUCUUGAAUUGGGAAAUGGAGUUCAAGAAAUGGUGUCCUGGGUUCAAGAUCAUGACCUACUAUGGUAACCAGGAUGAGCGCAGGGCGAAACGCAAGGGCUGGAUGGACGAUAACAGCUGGAAUGUUUUGAUCACGUCUUAUCAGCUAGUACUUCAAGACCAACAAGUCUUGAAGCGAAGAAACUGGCACUAUAUGGUCCUGGAUGAGGCUCAUAACAUCAAGAAUUUCCGUUCGCAAAGAUGGCAAGCGCUUCUUACAUUCCGGACGCGAGCCAGGCUCCUUCUUACUGGCACUCCACUUCAGAACAACCUGACUGAACUGUGGUCUCUUCUGUUCUUUCUGAUGCCUUCAGACGGAGACGGAGAAGGUAUCGACGGUUUUGCUGAUCUAAGGAAUUUCUCGGAAUGGUUCCGUCGCCCCGUGGAACAGAUUCUCGAACAUGGGAGAGAAACGAUGGAUGACGAGGCGAAGCGAGUAGUGACCAAACUCCACACUGUCUUACGGCCCUAUAUCCUACGGCGCCUCAAGGCCGACGUUGAAAAGCAAAUGCCAGCGAAAUAUGAGCACGUUGUCUAUUGCAGACUUUCCAAAAGACAGAGGUAUUUGUAUGAUGGAUUCAUGUCUCGCGCACAGACAAAGGAGACGUUAGCCUCAGGCAAUUAUCUAUCUAUCAUUAACUGUCUGAUGCAACUACGCAAGGUCUGCAACCACCCCGAUCUGUUCGAGACGCGACAGAUCUCGACAUCGUUUGCUAUGACCACCUCAGUCACCACGGAAUACGAGAUCAAGGAUCUUCUCGUGAGACGACGACUGUUGUACGAGCAUCCUCUGACCAAGCUUGACCUGGACUUCCUCAAUCUCGUGCCCAUCUCGCGGGAGAAUAUCUCGCGCAGACUGGCAGACGACAGUACACGGAUCAUGGCGUAUGCGCCAUUUCAAGCACUCCGGGAAUGUCAGUACAAGCGCACCAACUGGCGCAUGGGAUUCAAUGGUUCCACGAUCCGGUGGGCUCUUGAUUCCAUGGAGAAUUCUGCCAGGAAACGGCGCAUGCAAGAACUCGAGCAAUGCCUCUACUUUGAAUCGAAACGUCAUGGUCGCCGCCCUGUGUAUGGCAGCAGUCUGAUUGAGUUCCUCACUGCCGACAACAAGCACCAGGCGCUAUCUCAUAAUCGGGUCCGCAACCUGUCCGCAGCAGACUGGCUCAUGAGCCAGUCCAGUGUGCUCGCCUCGAUGGUUUUGUCUAUUGAAGAACGGGCCCGUGAGAUGGAGGGCUAUGUGCAGCGGUUCGCAUGUGUCACCCCGGCGGCUGUCGCAGCCGGGGUCACCGAAGCCGCGCUGACGCCUAUCCAGACCCGCCAUAUUCCCGCGCAGCAGAGAAUUGGGCGCUACGAUCCGUUCCACGAAGCCCAGAUGCGUCUGUCGAUCGCAUUUCCAGACAAGCGCCUGCUACAGUAUGACUGUGGCAAGCUGCAACGGCUCGACAAACUGCUACGGGAUCUCAAGGCCGGUGGCCAUCGGGCGCUCAUCUUCACGCAAAUGACCAAGAUGCUCGAUAUCCUGGAGCAGUUCCUCAAUAUCCACGGGCACCGCUAUCUGCGACUGGAUGGGACUACCAAGGUGGAACAACGGCAGAUCCUGACAGACCGGUUUAACAACGACAACCGCAUUCUGGCGUUCAUUCUGUCGAGUCGAUCUGGUGGGUUGGGGAUCAACCUGACGGGUGCGGACACGGUCAUCUUCUACGAUCUGGACUGGAAUCCAGCGAUGGACAAGCAGUGUCAGGACCGAUGUCACCGGAUCGGACAAACGCGCGACGUGCACAUCUACCGGUUUGUAUCCGAGUAUACGAUCGAGUCGAACAUUCUCCGCAAAGCCAACCAGAAGCGGAUGCUGGAUGACGUGGUGAUCCAAGAGGGCGAGUUCACGACGGACUACUUCAACAAACUGGAUGUGCGCGAGAUGAUCGACAGCGAGGUGCCGGAGAACCAGGAUGAGGCCAGCGCGGCGAUGGACCGGGUGCUAGAUAACCGUGGAUCGACGGGAGGCAGCACGCGAGGCUUUGAGCAGGCGGAGGAUAAAGAGGACAUUGACGCAGCGAAGAACGCGCAGAAGGAGCUGGACCACGCGGAUGACGGCGACUUUGAGGAUCGCAGCGUCGGACGGCCGACGGAGAGCACGGCUGGUGCCGCUCCCGAGGCGACGGCCGAGGCAGACUUACAACCGGGGCACGUCGACGAGUACCUGCUGCGGUUCAUGGAGUGGCACAUGAAGGACGAGCCGUUGGUGUUGCCGGCCGACAAGAGCAAGAAGAAGUCGAAACGGGGCCAUGAGCACCGACUCGGCAAGCGACGUCGAUGAUGUAUUAUACAAGCUUAUUAUUAUUAUUAUUACUAUUAUUACUAUUUCAUUAUUAUUCUAUUUUAUUAUUACCAUUAUGUUAUUAUUACU